UCCACAUCGGCCGCCGUACGACUGUUGGCGCCAUCGCAGCAAAUUUGCUGAAAUGUCGAACCUAAACCUCGACAAAGAUGCCUUUUUCAGGCGAAUGAAGAGAUUAUAUUCAGCAUGGAAGAAAUCAUCCUCGGGCGACACGCUUGGAAAAGUUGAUGCAAUCAUCGCUGCUGUUGGGGUGGAUGAAGAUGUCAUUUAUGCCAAGUCAACAGCACUCCAGACUUGGUUGUUUGGGUACGAGUUGACUGACAUGAUUAUGGUGUUCUGCGAGAAGGUCAUCUAUUUCCUGGCAAGCAAAAAGAAGGUGGAAUUUCUGCGCCAGGUCGAAAACGGGAAAGAAAAUGAUCAGCAAGGAGUGCCGAGCAUCAAAUUACUUGUCAGGGAUAAGUCUGACCAUGACAAGGCAAACUUUGAGAAGCUUAUUGGUGCCGUAAAGAGCAGUAAAGAGGGCAAGACAGUUGGUGAAUUCUUCAAGGAUAAGUUUCCUGGUGACUUUGUGAAUGGCUGGAAAAAAGCUCUGGAGAAGGAAUCAUUUUCAAAGCAAGAUGUCAGUUUCCCCCUGGCAUACAUUAUGGCCCCAAAGGAAGAGUCGGAAAUCAACACAAUAAAGCGGGCUUGUCAGGUCACGAUGGACGUCUUUAAUAAAUACCUCAAGAGUCAGAUAUUCGACAUCAUUGAUGCGGAAAAGCAAGUGAAACAGGCAAAGUUAGCUGAAGGUGUGGAAGAGGCCCUGCAGAAUAAGAAAUAUGCCUCUGGUGUUGACAUUGGCCAAUUAGAUAUAUGUUACCCUGCCAUCAUUCAGAGCGGUGGAGAAUAUAACCUCAAGUUCAGCGUUACAAGCUCAAAGAACAACCUGCAUUUUGGUGCAAUCAUCAUCAUGUUUGGCGCACGGUACAAGUCAUACUGUUCAAACAUUGUGCGGACGUUACUGGUCGACCCAUCAGAAGAUGUUCAGAAGAAUUACAACAUUUUGUUGAAGGUGGAGGAAGCCAUAAUAGAGAAACUCCAGCACGGAACAAAACUGAGUGCUGUUUUCAACGAUGCUGUCUCUGCUUUGAAGAAAGAGAAUCCUUCUUUGGUGGAUAAUAUGACAAAAAGUUGUGGCUUUGGUACAGGUAUAGAAUUUCGAGAAGGAUCGUUACUGAUCUCUGGGAAGAAUCAUGUUCCAGCCAAAAAGGGCAUGGUAUUCAACAUCAAUGUUGGAUUCUCUGAUUUGAAAAACCCAUCUCCGAAAGAUAAGGAGGGGAAAACAUAUGCUCUGUUUGUGGGGGAGACAGUCAUGGUUAAUGAGGGUUCUGCAGCGACUCUUCUGACGCCCCUGAAGAAGCGAAUCAAACACAUCGGCGUCUUCCUCAAGGACGAAGAUGAGGAGGAGGAAGAAGAAGAGGAAGAAAUGCCACAGGAAGAAUUGCUGGGCAGAGGACGACGGACGGCCAUCUUGGAGAGUAGAACAAGAACGGAUGCAUCUUCGGAAGACAAGAGGGCAUCUCAUCAGAAGGAACUUGGCAUAAAAAUGAACGAAGACGCUAGGGAGAGGCUGAAGGGGAAACACCUCGGCCCAGAGGAAAAAAAAGCCAGAAAGUCGGCCAUAUCAUACAAAGGUGUAUCACAGUUGCCAAAAGAACCUGAGUUGCGGGAACUGAAGCUUUAUGUGGAUCGAAAAUACGAAACUGUGAUUCUGCCAAUCUUCGGCGCUCCUACCCCUUUCCACAUCGCCACCAUUAAAAACAUUAGUCAGUCGGUGGAAGGAGAUUACACAUAUCUUCGAUUGAACUUCUUUCAUCCAGGAGCAGCCCUUGGACGGAACGAAGGGAACGUGUUCCCUAAUCCAGAUGCCACAUUUCUCAAAGAAAUGACAUACCGAAGUUCCAACACCAAGGAACCAGGAGAGAUAUCGGCACCAUCAUCUAACCUAAACACAGCAUACAGGCUCAUCAAAGAGGUGCAGAAGAAGUUUAGGACAAGAGAGGCAGAGGAGAGAGAAAAAGAGGGUAUUGUGAAACAAGACACCCUUAUCAUCAACCCUAAUCGUGGUAACCCCAAACUGAAAGAUCUUUACAUUCGACCAAACAUUGUGUCGAAGAGGAUAUCGGGGACAUUGGAGGCACAUACUAAUGGCUUCCGUUUCACCUCCGUUCGAGGCGACAAGGUUGAUAUCCUUUACAACAAUAUCAAACACGCAUUCUUCCAGCCAUGCGACGGAGAGAUGAUCAUACUGCUUCACUUUCACCUGAAGCAUGCCAUUAUGUUUGGCAAGAAAAAACACACAGAUGUACAGUUUUACACCGAAGUUGGUGAGAUCACCACUGAUUUGGGUAAAAGUCAUCACAUGCAUGACCACGAUGAUCUACGGGCUGAACAAGCAGAACGAGAACUUAGGCAGAAGCUGAAAGCAGCUUUUAAGGGAUUCUGUGAGAAAGUGGAAGCGAUUACGAAGCAAGAAAUAGAGUUUGAUGUUGCGUUUCGAGAGCUGGGAUUCCAUGGAGUACCAUACCGGAGCACAGUACUGCUACAGCCGACCAGCGGUUGCCUCGUGAACUUGACAGAAUGGCCACCAUUUGUGAUCUCCCUUGAAGAAAUCGAGACGGUUCACUUUGAGCGUGUCCAGUUCCAUCUCAAGAACUUCGACAUGGUGUUCAUCUUCAAAGAUUAUACCAAGAAAGUGCCGAUGGUGAAUGCAAUCCCUAUGAACAUGUUGGAUCAUGUCCGGGAAUGGCUCAACUCCUGUGAUAUCCAUUACACCGAAGGUACCCAGAGUUUGAACUGGACCAAGAUCAUGAAGACAAUAGUCGACGACCCAGAAGGCUUCUUUGACAAUGGUGGAUGGACAUUCUUGGAACCAGAAAGUGAGGCGGAGCAUGAAUCUGAUGACGAGUCUGAAGAUGAGUCGUUUAAAGCCAGCGGUUCGGAGAUGGAGGGGUCAGAUGAGGAAGACUCAGAGUUUGAUAGCGAUGAGGAGAGCGAGUGGGAUGAAGAGGAAGAAGAAGAUUCAGAGGAGCUUGGUUCGAGUGAAGAGAGUGGCAAGGAUUGGGAUGAACUUGAGGAAGAGGCCAGAAAAGCCGACAUGGAAGAUGAUUAUGUCAGUGAUAGCGAUCGCAGAGGAAGCAAGAAAUCCUCGAAAGGGCCCAGCCGCAGCAGUGGAGGUGGUCGUAGUGGUGGAGGUGGACGUAGUGGUGGAGGUGGACGUAGUGGUGGAGGUGGUCACAGUCGUGGCAGCAGUGGCGGUCACAGUCGUAACAGUGGCGGUCAAAGUCGCCACGGUAGUAGUGGUGGGAGCGGACACAAACGACAUCACUCGAGCAGUCCAAAGAAACCACCAGCAAAGAGGAGGAAGCAUUAAAAACAAUUUCAUUCUUGAUAAACUAGACUGUGUUGUACUGGUGUCAAACAAUGUACAUGUAGAAUCAGUUGCUAUGUGGCGAUUCAGAUGAGUUUACUGGUGCAGCUGCAUAGUUCAUUCCUGUUGAAGUACUUAUUACUGCUUUGUUGUAGACUGUUCAUCCAUCUAUACUGAAUAUAUUGUUAAUCACGUGUGUGUGCAUGUGCUCAAACUAUAACAAGUGUUGUAUAAAGUGUGCACAUCAAUAAUUAUAAUGGGAUAUUUAGAGGCUGUGCAAUGCAACCUCUUAUCUUGCAUGAUGUGCACUGAUCUACUUCUAUCCGAUAAUAAUGGGACCUGAAAAUAAUUUGUGUCCAUGUACUAUGUUUGUCCUACUCUUGUUGGGUUUGGUAAACUGUUUGCAAAACAGGGAAUGGUCCUUUUACCAUGCUCGGCAAAAACUUGUCGGGUAUGGUCAUCAUCAUCAUCAUCUACAUGUACAACAUUGUGAUCCAAGUGGAUCUUUUCAAACAUCAUGAAUCAACUUUGUGAUCAUGUAACUCGCCUGCAUUGAAAUACAUGUACUUGAAUGAUCAAACAAGUACUGUAAACCCCAGUAAUUUUGUGGCCCUAAUUGAGAUUUCACUUUCAAAAUUGCAAAGAGGUGCAUUUUCCAAUGAUGAAACUAUUCAGUUGCUUAUUUUUGUGCCGCUUAUUUUGCAUUUUACCCUUUUUGUGAAAUAUCACCUUCAUGAAAAUACGAUGUAGUGGGGUGUACAGUAAACUAACUGUAAAUAUACAUGUAUUCAUGUUCAUUGAAUGUGCUCGUUUUAGUUCAUUUCCUUGUUUCUGAGAUCACAUCAUCAUCAUCAUCAUGUUCUGUAACUAUUUGCUGUAAGCAGUGUUGGUGCAGUGAAUAAAAUUUUGUACAGGAAUAA